UCAAAGCACUCUUUGAUUUGUGUUCUAGCAGAAGGUGUCAGUGCAUGCAAUCCGAACAGGACCUUAUUGUUUUAUAAUUGUUUGUCGUCAGGUGGUUGAGUUUCAUUCAUAAAUUUCUCGUGCGUAUAUCAGUGGCUGAUUAUUAUCUUUGACGUUGCAAUGUUAUCGACGAAUUCUAUGCCGCGAACAUCAACCGUUUCCAUCACCGCGUCAACGGCGACGACCGUCGCGGCGGCCGCCGUCUCUGUACUUCAAGAAAACGGCGGUCCUUCGCAGUCGGCUGGACCCAACGGUUCGUCCAAUUCGCAACAAAUCGACAAAAAUGAAAUCAACGAUGCAGUCACCAAAGUACUUCAAGGCUAUGACUGGACUCUGGUACCCAUCGCAUCCAAAGCAGCUUCCGACAAAAGAAAAUUGCAUGUGAAGAGACCGAUGAACGCGUUUAUGGUGUGGGCACAAGCUGCCAGAAGGAAACUAGCUGAUCAGUAUCCACAACUUCACAAUGCGGAACUGUCCAAAACUCUUGGCAAGUUGUGGAGACUGCUAAGUGACAUGGAUAAAAAACCUUUUAUUGAAGAAGCCGAAAGACUACGUGUAAUUCACAAACGAGAACAUCCCGAUUACAAAUAUCAACCUCGCAGACGAAAACAAAACAAAGGUCCUGGAGAUCCCCUGUUGCAACUACCUCACGGACAAAAUAUAACCUUCUCCCGUUCCCUAAAACAAGAGGACUCUCCGUGCAGUCCAAGAAGUCACAGUUCUACUUCUCCAUCAACGUGUUCGUCACAACCUCACAGUCCCGCUAUUCAGUCACAGACUCUACGAUCGUGUUUAGAGUCUCAACAUAAUUUGGACUUUAACAGAUUAUCCGACAUAGAUAAUACAUAUAUACCAGAAGAUUGUUUGGAUAGUAGUGACCUCGACCAGUAUUUGCCUUCGGAAACAAGUCAAACCUACCAGAAUAGUUACCCACCAAACUACGUAAAACACAGUGUAGAGGAAGAGGCUAACAAUAAUUACAAAAAUAAAAGGCUCUGUACUGAAAAUAUGAACCAUUCACAGCCCGUAGAAGGGUACGAAGAUACUGUAUCAUCUUCUGUGGGUCGAUAUCAUGAGUUACAACCAAGUUCUAUUGUUAAAGCUGAGCGAUUUGUUUCACCAAAUGCUUCUGUAAUGUAUAGUUAUCAGUCUGGUAUGUCUAUCGGUUCAACGUCUACUUAUUAUAAUGCUAACAGUCAUCACCAGUAUUUACCUUCGUAUCAGUAUUUACCGCAAAGAACAAUGUUCGGAACUUCUUCAGGAACAACCUAUAAUGCAGAAAACAAUACAGAACCCUGGGGUCACUACACAUUAUAAUUUGACUGACUUUUUACAAAUAAGUGCGUGAUAUUGCUAUAUUUAAGAAUUAUUUAUAACCUAUCUCUAUAUUUUUUUAAUUUGUACUUACUAUUCUUUUCGGUGCCACAAAAUGAAGACGAGCAAAUCUACAUAUUUUAACAUAUACAGUCCUACCGUGGAAUGGAAUUGUAGUUAUUUCAAAGCCAAAGAUUUUAGCGGUUUAAUUAAUGGAAAAGGAUGGGGAUAAUCAGAUUCUUGUGACUUUACAGAUCUAGAUAGAUUUAGGAGAUACACUGUUUUAGGUGUAUAUAUUAUUUAUGUACAUAUGAAUUGUGUUAAUAUCAAAUAUUUUUAUAAUAUAAAAGUGAAACUAUUUUUUAUUUAGAACUUAAUAUUACAAUAAAUACGUUUAAAGUGAAA